UAGUGCCCACAUUUCUGAAGAUCCUAUAAGUCUCUCUUAAAUAUUUGGCAAAUACUCCAUAAAUUCUUCCGAAACACAAUCAAACACCAAACAAAAGGCAUAAGGAGUUAAUGAAGGAGUGGAAUGUUCAUUGUUUUGUCAAUUUGAUACCAACAAAAUUUGCCCAAUUUCUGUCUGUUUUUUUUUUUCUUUCUUUCUUUUAUCUUUCUUACAAGAUUGACAGACUGUUUGUUACACAACUUUUACUCCUACCCAUCCUUCGCCCCGACCGUUAAAUUCCAAUCCAAAGAGUCUCUUUCUGCGAUCAUGUUAUUUCACCACUGCUCAAUUCAGCAAGAUUUUGGCUGGUUUUGCUCAGAAAAAAUUUCAGCCUGCAGAAAAAAAAGAGGGGAAUUCAUCAUACUGUGUGUUAUCCCCAACUUUUCUCCUUAAACAUUGUGCCCAGAUUUCCUUUUCCUUCUUCUGAGGAUAAAAUUGCCUAAACCCCACUAAUUCCAUCAGAAAACAAUAUACUAUCAGUUUUUUUUCCUAGCCUAAAACAUGUUAAACGUUCUGGAAUUGGCCUGAAAAAAAAGUUUAAUAUAAGCCCACCAACCACAGUCAUCAUCAUUAGUUCAUCACCACCUCUAAAACCAUCAUUGGGGUUGUGGGAUUCUGUGUUUUUUUUGUAAUGUGUGCUAGCUUUGUUUGUUUUCUUCUUUUCCAGUGAUUGAGAGGUUCUGGACUUGUAGUUUUGUAUCUCUUCUUAUUAGUCCCAUUGGAUUCCUUUUUUUGUUUUCUCCCUCGUUUUCACCUUCAUAAAUUGACAAAUAAACAUAAAGAUCCAAUUUUUCUUUUACUGUUAUUCUUUCCCUCUGAGAGAUGUGAACAGUGACCACAAAUAGCUCAUUUUCAGUCUCAGAAACUCCAUACCUCGGGACUUAACGGGUUUUCAGUCUUUCAGACAAACCAAACAGAACCCAUAAAUUUCCUUCCAUUUUUAUGCACUCUUUUACACAUUGAAUGAGAUUUGAGGUCCAAGAGAGAGAGAAAAAAAAAGGGAAGAAAAAGGGGGCUUAUUUUCUAGAGUUAGAAAUGUCCACGUGAAAGAAGUAAGUCCUAAGCAAAAAAGAGGAGUCUUGACAGCUUAGAGAGGUUUGCAUGCAUAAGAGCAUAAUAUAUUAGGACAAGUGUCUUGAUGAGGUCAUAACAAGUCCACAAAACCGCAUUUCGAGUAUAAAUUCAGAAGUGGUUUUAGAGGGGUUUUUGCUGUUGGUUUUUCCUUUGUUUUCCCACCCCUUUAAAUCCUGCUGCUUGCAUGUGUUCGUUUUCUUGGUGUAAAUACGAAGACAGAAAACCACCUCCAUUUUUGCUUCAAUAUCUCACCACGUGUAUUUUGGCGGUCUGUAACGCCUCUUUUCACCUCCUUAUGACCUCAGUCUUCACUUUAGCCUUCUAAUUUUGUUAUAUUAUUCCUUCAUUGUCUUCCCCAAUUCAAGUCAAUUUCAGGGGUGUUCACCCUUUUUUUUUCACUUCAGUUGUGAGUCUGAUGAUCUGAAGUCAAUUCCAAUUUCUGAUUUAGUCCCAUUUGUGAAUUAGUCCUUGGUGAUCAUCUGAAUAGUCCAGAAAAUUUUAAGACUAACUUAGCUUACUCCUCUGUAAUUAUGUCAAGUCUGUUUUUUUUCUCCAAUGUCAAUUGAAGGAUCAGAAUGGGAAUAGGGAUUGAGAAUUUAUUCAAGUAAAGCUCCAAGUUUUGUGCAAAUGGCUUCUUCAAUCCUUCGGUUCAGGAAGCUCUGCUUUGUGGAGCCUGUGAAGUGGUCUUCUUCAUUAGGCUCUGAAUCAUGUCAGAAGCAGAAAAAUGAAGAGAAACAAACAUACGAUGCUUUCAAAGAACAAGAGAAAGAGAACCCAAAAGGGAAAAGACAAAAAAAGCAGCCUAAGGAAUGGAGAUGUAUGGAUAAUUGCUGUAGGACAAUUGGAUACAUAUGCACAACAUGGUGGCUUCUAUUGUUUUUGGUGAACUGUUUACCAGCUAAUUUGCCUGGACUUAGUGUCCCAGAGCCUCCAGGUGCUAGGCUCAAAAGGGAAGGAUUAACAGCUCUCCAUCCUGUUGUUUUGGUACCUGGCAUUGUGACUGGGGGCCUUGAGCUUUGGGAAGGCAAGCCUUGUUCUGAAGGUUUGUUUAGGAAGCGGCUAUGGGGAGGGAGCUUUACCGAAAUAUUCAAGAGGCCUUUGUGUUGGUUGGAGCAUCUAUCUUUGGACAAUGAAACAGGGCUUGAUCCUCCAGGAAUUCGAGUUCGUGCCGUUCCAGGGCUGGUUGCCGCCGACUAUUUUGCUCCUGGUUAUUUCGUUUGGGCUAUUUUGAUUGAGAAUUUAGCUAAAAUUGGCUAUGAGAGCAAGAACAUGUACAUGGCUGCCUAUGACUGGAGGCUGUCUUUUCAGAACACCGAGGUAAGGGACCAAGCCCUUAGUAGAUUGAAGAGUAAAAUUGAGCUUAUGUAUUUAACAAAUGGCCGUAGAAAGGUGGUGGUUGUACCUCAUUCCAUGGGGGUUAUAUAUUUUCUCCACUUCCUUAAAUGGGUUGAAACACCAACCCCAAUGGGAGGAGGAGGUGGUCCAGAUUGGUGCAACAAACAUAUAAAAGCUGUAAUGAACAUUGGUCCGGCAUUUCUUGGCGUUCCCAAGACUGUUGGCAAUUUGUUAUCUGCUGAGAGCAAAGAUGUUGCUCUUGUCAGAGCAAUGGCUCCUGUUCUUUUGGAUUCUAAAACUUUGGGCCUUCAGACUCUAGAACAUGCUAUGAGGGUAUGUCGAACUUGGGAUUCUGUUGUUUCUUUGUUACCUAAAGGGGGAGACGCCAUUUGGGGUAACUUAGACUGGUCUCCUGAAGAAGGCCAUAUAUGUGAUUCAUUCAAGGAAAGGCGAACGCAAUCCUCUUCAGUAGACAAAAAGGGCAACUAUACUGAUGAUAGAGGAGUUAUUCACUUAAAAGAGGCAAGCAAGUAUGGGAGGAUUAUAUCUUUUGGAAAGGAAGCAUCUGAAGUACCUUCUUCGCAUCUUUCAACUCUUGCCUCGAAGGUAGGUUUGCACAACACUGCCAACAUUUCGUGUGGAAAGGUGUGGACUGAGUAUGAUGAGAUGAGCCCAGAAAGCAUCAGCAAGGUUGUUGAAAAGAAAGCCUACACAGCAACAACUUUAGCCGAUCUUCUCCGGCUUGUGGCUCCAAAAAUGAUGCAGCGUGCUGAGGCUCAUUUCUCUCAUGGGAUUGCCGAGAACUUGGAUGAUCCCAAGUAUAACCAUUAUAAGUACUGGUCAAAUCCACUAGAAACCAAGUAAGCCUAGUUGCAUUUUCUUAGAUAUUUAAUAUGAAGAUUAUGGAGGGUAAGAGGUGCUCAUAACAGUUUUCUUUUUUCUUUUGUUUUUUCUGGUGUUCAUUUUAAUUGAUACUAAUCACUAAAUGCUUUAUUUUAGAUUACCAAAUGCCCCUGAUAUGGAGAUUUACUGUCUAUACGGUGCUGGAAUCCCGACAGAGAGAUCCUAUGUCUACAAACUAUCACACUCAGACAAGUGUAAGAGCAUCCCUUUCCAAAUUGACACUUCAGCCGAUGGAAGCGGUAUCAAUGGUUGCUUGAAAGGAGGCGUCUACUUUGUGGAUGGCGACGAAACUGUGCCUGUGUUAAGCGCCGGCUUCAUGUGUGCUAAAGGGUGGAGAGGGAAAACAAGAUUCAAUCCAUCUGGUAUUGCAACCUACAUCAGAGAAUAUCGGCACAAACCACCAAUGAGUCUCCUGGAGGGAAGAGGGCUAGAGAGCGGCGCACACGUGGACAUAAUGGGAAAUGUGGCCUUGAUCGAGGAUGUUUUGAGAGUCGCAGCAGGGGCAAAUGGUGCAGAUUUGGGAGGUGAUCGAAUAUAUUCAGACAUCAUGAAAAUAUCGGAACGGGUGAACAUUAGGCUUUAACUGAGGCUUUGCAUGAGAUUUUUGCUGGAGAGUUUGCUGAAGAAUGAAGAAAGCAUCACAAACAAGGUUUCGAAACUAUAGUUUAAAACAUAGAGGGAGAGAGAACCAUGUCGGCUGAAUUGGGAUUUUGACUGCUGUCCUAGAAUGUAGAAUGACAAGAUUUUGAAUGGGUGUAAAGAGAAAUAAAAGGGCCUUGUAAGAAAGGCCAAAAUCUUGGUUCUUCAUUUAACAUAAAUAAUGUCAAUGUGUCAACCUUGUCCUUCUUCAUUAGUGAAAUCUCUUUUUUGUAAUCAUCAUAUAAUAGCUAAAUGAGAUUCUAUCUUAUGUUCGCUGGAUACAUUUGUCCCCUUAAUAUGAUAUCAUAUACUCCUUCUGUCC